GGAAGUAAAGUCUCCUCCUCAAGCUCAGGAAAGCGCCUUUUUUACCUCCAGGAAUCGUUUAAGACUCUCUCUGGUGAUAAAAUAAACUUACUUGUGUUACAUUUCUCAGUCAAAUAUGUCGACAUUAAGUGGAAAAUCUGAUAAGGAGAUCAGUCAGCUGUUGGAUGAAUAUGGCAUUAAACAUGGGCCCGUAGUAGAAUCCACACGGAAACUCUAUGAAAAGAAAUUGAAAGAGGCUAUGGCCAAAAACACUAAGCCUUCCUCGUCUGACAAGACAUACUACAGAGAAGAGCAGGAUGAAGUGGAAUAUCUUACCUUUCAUCAGCCCCCUCCGUUGACAAGAUACGAUGCAUUUGGUGAUGUCACAAGAAGGUCAAAAGUCCCAGAUGCAGAUUUUACUCGCGACAUAAGGAGGUCAAAGUUUACUGAUUAUAGAGAUGAUGAUGAUGAUGAUGAUGAUGUAGGGCAUACCAAUGAGCCUGUUAUCAGCUCAACUCGAACAACCUAUCAGAGUUCUUCUCGCCCAGGCCCAUCAGUCUCCAAAUCCGUGCAACAUGGUGCCAGUCUACAGACCAGCAAACCUGGAGGUGUGCCAGUGUGGCUGCGUGUCUUGAUGUUUCUUAUCAUUGCUGUGUUUCUAUAUUAUGUGUACACGUGUAUGGAGCCUGCAGAAGAGACUCCCUUUAAAACCAUUAAGUAGAGGAGCAGUGAGUUGUUUUAAAUAUGUUCAUCAGCCCCAACUAAUUCGAUUUAGUAGAACAAACAAAAAUAUAGCUUGUAAUAUAUUCUGUAAGAAUACAAAUUUUGAGAGGUUUAAUACCAGGUACUGUGGAUAAUGUGUAGUUUUAUUCAAAUAUUUGCUGUGCGUUUUUAUAAACAAACAAUAACAGAUGUGGAAGUCUGACCAAAUCAAGAAAAUUCUGAAUUUUUAUGAUAAUUUGUGCCAUUUAAGUGUCUUUAAAGCUUG